ACAAAAGAUGGCAACACUUAAAGAGGUCCUCUUGGAUUGUUUGAGGGAUUUGGGAUCUGACGACUUUAAAGAAUUCAAGUGGCACCUGUGGCAGCGGGGGGGCGUUGAUGGCUUCAAAUCAAUCCCAAAGUGUCAACUGGAGAAUGCAGACAGAAUGGACACUGUGGAUCAGAUGUUCAAGAGCUACUGUAUUAACACUAUUAAAGUGACCAGCGUGAUUUUGGGAAAGGUCCAUAGGAAUGAUCUAGUGGAACAUUUGUCAAACACCAUCCCAGAACCUGCAGAGAUUCUUGCUGAGUACCAGCGCAAAGUGAAGUCUAACCUGAAGGAGAAGUUCCAGUGUCUGUUUCAGGCAAUUGCUAAAGCAGGAAACCCAACACCUCCGAAUCAGAUUGACAUAAAGCUCUACCUCACAGAGGGAGGGACUGCAGAGGUCCAUGAUGAACAUGAGAUCAGACAGAUUGAAACAGCAUCCAGGAAACCAGACAGACCAGAAACAACAAUCAGACAAGAAGACAUCUUUAAAGCCUCACCUGGAAGAGAUGAACCAAUCAGAACAGUGAUGACAAAGGGAGUGGCUGGCAUUGGGAAAACAGUCUUAACACAUAAGUUCACUCUGGACUGGGCUGAAGACAAAGCCAACCAGGACAUACACUUCACAUUUCCAUUCACUUUCAGAGAGCUGAAUGUGCUGAAAAAGAAAAAGUACAGCUUGGUGGAACUUGUUCAUCACUUCUUUUCUGAAAGUGAAGAAGCAGGAAUCUGCAGGUUUGAAGAGUUCCAGGUUGUGUUCAUCUUUGACGGUCUGGAUGAGUGUCGACUUCCUCUGGACUUCCACAACAAUGAGAUCCUGACUGAUGUUACAGAGUCCACCUCACUGGAUGUGCUGCUGACAAACCUCAUCAUGGGGAAACUGCUUCCCUCUGCUCGCCUCUGGAUAACCACACGACCUGUAGCAGCCAAUCAGAUCCCUCCUUGCUAUGUCGACAUGGUGACAGAGGUCAGAGGCUUCACUGACCCACAGAAGGAGGAGUACUUCAGGAAGAGAUUCAGAGAUGAGGAGAAGGCCAGCACCAUCAUCUCCCACAUCAAGACAUCACGAAGCCUCCAUUUCACGUGCCACAUCCCAGUCUUCUGCUGGAUCACUGCUACUGUUCUGGAGGAUGUGUUGAAAAGCGGAGAGGGAGGAGAGCUGCCCAAGACCCUGACUGAGAUGUACAUCCACUUCCUGGUGCUUCAAUCUAAAAGGAAGACUGUUACGUAUCAUGGAGGAGCUGAGACAGAUCCACACUGGAGUCCAGAGAGCAGGAAGAUGAUUGAGUCUCUGGGAAAACUGGCUUUUGAGCAGCUGCAGAAAGGCAACCUGAUCUUCUAUGAAUCAGACCUGACAGAGUGUGGCAUCAAUGUCAGAGCAGCCUCAGUGUUCACACAGGUCUUUAAAGAGGAGAGAGGGCUGUACCAGGACAGGGUGUUCUGCUUCGUCCAUCUGAGUGUUCAGGAGUUUCUGGCUGCUCUUCAUGUCCAUCUGACAUUCAUCAAGUCUGGAGUCAAUCUGCUGGCAGAAGAACAAACAACAUCCCAGUUGUCUAAAGUCUUUAAGGGAAAACUUGAUUUAAAACAUCUCUACCAACGUGCUGUGGACGAGGCCUUAAAGAGUCCAAAUGGACACCAGGACUUGAUACUUCAGUUCCUCUUGGGUCUUUCACUGCAGACCAAUCAGACUCUCCUACGAGGUCUGCUGACACAGACAGGAAGUAGCUCACAGACCAAUCAGGAAACAGUCGAGUACAUCAAGAAGAAGAUCGGUGAGAAUCUGUCUGCAGAGAGAAGCAUCAGUCUGUUGCUCUGUCUGUCUGAACUUAGUGGUCGGUCUCUUGUGAAGGAGAUCCAACACUACCUGACUUAUACAAGCGCCCGCAGAUGGAAACUGUCCCCUGCUCAGUGGUCAGCUCUGGUCUCCAUCUUACUGUCAUCGGAAAAAGAUCUGGAUGUGUUUGACUUGAAGAAAUACUGUAAUUCAGAUAAGACUCUUCUGAUGCUGCUGCCAGUGGUCAAAGCUUCGACAAAAGCUCUGCUGAGUGGCUGUGACCUCUCAAAGAGAAGCUGUGCAGCUCUGUCCUCAGUUCUCAGCUCCCAGUCCUCUAGUCUGAGAGAUCUGGACCUGAGUAACAACAACCUGAAGGAUUCAGGAAUGAAGGAGCUGUCUGCUGGAUUGGAGAGUCCACACUGUACACUGGAAACUCUCAGGCUUACUGGCUGCAACCUCACAGAGGGAAGUUGUGCAGCUCUGUCCACAGUUCUCAGCUCCCAGUCCUCUAGCCUGAGAGAGCUGGACCUGAGUAACAACAACCUGCAGGAUGGAAGAGUGGAAGUACUAUCUACUGGACUGGAGAGUCAACAUACACUGAAAACUCUCAGGCUGACUGUCUGUAACCUCUCAGAGAGAAGCUGUGCAGCUCUGUCCUCAGUUCUCAGCUCCCAGUCCUCUAGUCUGAGAGAUCUGGACCUGAGUAACAACGACCUGCAGGAUUCAGGAGUGAAGCAGCUUUCUGUUGGACUGGAGAGUCCACAUUGUGUACUGGAAUCUCUCAGUCUUUCAGGAUGUCUGAUCACAGAGGAAGGCUGUGCUUCUCUGGCCUCAGCUCUGAGCUCCAACCCCUCCCAUCUGAGAGAGCUGGACCUGAGCUACAAUCAUCCAGGAGAAUCAGGAGAGAAGCUUCUGGCUGCUGGACUGGAGGAUCCACACUGGAGACUGGACACUCUCAGGGUGGACCAUGGUGGAGAGCACAGGUUAAAACCUGGUCUGGAGAAGUAUUUCUGUGAACUCACACUGGACACAAACACAGUACACAGAAGACUCAAACUGUCUGACAACAACAGGAAAGUGACAUGUGUGGAGGAGGAUCAGUCAUAUCCUGAUCAUGCAGACAGAUUUGACUUCUGGCCUCAGCUGCUGUGUAGUAAUGUUCUGACUGGUCGCUGUUACUGGGAGGUUGAGUCGAGAGGUGAUGUUGACAUAGUGGUGACUUACAGAGGAAUCAACAGGAAAAGAAACCAUACGAACUGCCUGUUUGGAAGAAAUGAUCAGUCCUGGAAUAUGAGCUGUUUUUAUAAUUGUUACAAUUUCUGGCACAAGAGCUCCUACUCCUCCUCCUCCUCUGUCUCUCACAGAGUAGCAGUGUAUGUGGACUGUCCUGCUGGCACUCUGUCCUUCUACAGAGUCUCCUCUGACACACUGAUCCACCUCCACACCUUCAACACCACAUUCACUGAACCUCUGUAUGCUGGGUUUAUGGUCUCUUCUGAUUCCUCAUUGUCUGUGUGUCCUCUGUCUGAGGGAGAGUCUCCUCCUAUGGAGACAAACAGUCACACUGCUGACUGAAGACAGCUUCUGAAAUCACUGUUCACUCUGUUCACCAGUGAACAAUAGAAACAGGAAGUGACAGCAGCUUCCUGUGUUUAAAUGUUGAUGGUGGACGAGGUUUCACUCUGGUUUCAUUUGGAUCACUGACUGUGCUUUAAUGUCAGAAUAUAGUUUCUAUUAGAAGUAGUGAAAUGAUCUCCUCUGGACUGAAUUGAUGUGUAAAAACUGUGUUGACUCUGAUAUUCACUUCAGUAAAGUUUUCUUGGAGCAGCAUCUAGCAGCUGUUAGAUGUCAUUAAGUGAAAU